GAGGAGGCCAGCAAAGACGGGGGGACAUCACGUGCUGAUAAUCGAUAAGAAGGACCCCAUAUCCGAUAAGACAAAAAAAAAAAAGACCCUUGCUCGAAAAUUUCUGGACGGUCCAGGCCCCGCCGUUCCAGCUGGUGCAGAGUGCAGAUUCGACGACCAGCAAAUGGGCAAGGCGCAAAGAUCGACUUUUCGACAUCAGAAAUACCCCGGUGAUUCUCUUCAUCUUCUUUGCACAUACCUACCCAAACAACCCCCUCCAAGCCCGAAGUGUGAUUCGGCUACCUAUCCAACAUGCCCGUUCUUAAGCCCCUCUCGGGCGACGGCGAAGCUCCCCAGCAACGCAAGCAGCCCUCAAGAAAGGGAAAGAAGGCGUGGAGGAAGAACGUCGACGUCUCUGAGGUGCAAGAAGGUCUCGAUGAGUUGAACACACAGAUUAUCGCCGGUGGCGUCGUCGCAGAAAAGGAUUCGGCAGACCUCUUCACCCUCGACACAGUCGGCAAAGUCGAAAAGCGCCCCAAGCCAAAGAAGACGCUCAAGUCCGACGAGAUCCUCGCCGCCCGCUCCUCCGUCCCCGCCGUCUCCUCCCGCAAGCAGAAGCGCGACGCCGAAACCGCCCUCUCAAAGACCUCGGACGGCCUCCUCCCCGUCAAGCGCCUGCGCACCGAUUGGGUCUCUCACAAGGAACUGAGCCGCCUCCGCCGCGUCGCCGACGGCCACCAAGAAGAAUCCACCGCCCUCGUACCCCAGGAAGCGACCUACGACCUCUGGGGUGCCGCGCCGUCUGCCUCCUCCAAGGCCGUAGCAGCAGCAAGCAAGACCAGCAAAGACAACUUCCUCCCCGCCGAACAAAAAGCCAAGCCCCCCAAGACCCUCAAACACGCCCCCAUCUCCCUCACAGCCAGCGGCCGCCAGCUCCCCGCCGUCGUCAAGCCCACGGGCGGAUACUCCUACAACCCGACCUUUGACGACUACGCCGACCGCCUCGAAGAAGAGGGCGCCCGCGCCGUCGCCGCCGAAGAAGCCCGUCUCGCCGCCGAGGAAGCCGACCGCAUCAAGCGCGAGGCCGUCGCCAAGUCCGCCGCCGAGGCCGACGCCGCGGAAGCGCGCGCGCAGCUGUCCGAGUGGGACGAGGAUUCCGCGUGGGAAGGGUUCGAGAGCGGCGUCGAGGGGGACGACAAGCCCACGACCAAGAGACCCCAGCGCAAGACGCCGCAGCAGAGGAACCGGAUCAAGCGCCGCAAGGAGGCGGAGCGCGAGGCCAAGCACCAGCUCGCGCUGAAGAAGAAGGCGGCGCAGGCGGAGCGGAUCAAGGAGAUCGCGGCCGAGAUUGCGGGCCGCGACGCCUCCAAGAGCGCGUUGGCGCUGGCCAAGGAGGUGGGCGAGGGGAGCGACGCUGAUGACGACGAGGAGGAUAUCGUGGACGAGGGGCGGCUGCGGAGGAGACAGCUCGGCAAGAUGAAGUUGCCCGAGAAGGACCUGGAGCUGGUCCUGCCGGAUGAGCUGCAGGAUUCGCUGCGGUUGUUGAGGCCUGAGGGUAACCUGCUCAAGGACCGGUACCGUAGUCUGCUUGUCCGCGGCAAGGUGGAGUCGAGGAGACAUAUCCCGUUCAAGAAGCAGGCGAGGGCGAAGCUUACGGAGAAGUGGUCUUACAAGGACUUCAGGAUUUAGAAAAGUGGGUUUUGUUGUUAGAGGGUAUCAGAAUAAUCAUCAAAAGCGUG